AUGCCCUGCUUCCUGGGGCUCGCGGUGAGCAUCCACACCCCCAACGGCCCGCUGUCAGAGCACUCGAUACAGAAGCAGUCCAAAUUCCACCGCAUCACCUCGUACAUUCCUGUCCCCCCCGCCAAAGUCCCCCCCGGUGCGACCAAGCCUGAGCAGUCCACCUUCGCCAUCUCCAUCACCCUCCUCACCCCGGGCCUCCACGUCCCCUACUCGGCCCCCAAGCCAACCGACCAAGACCCGAAUCCCAAGCCCAGGAUCGUCGGCGGCCUCCCCGGCUUCACCAGCGAGCGGGGCAAGUACGGCGCUGCCAUAGCCCCCUACAAGCCGCUGACCACCUCGCCCAACGAGACCAUCGCCGCCUACAUAUACUUCGACGGGCGGGCCAAGGAGGAGGUAGCAACCCUCUUACGGCGCGGCGAGGAGACAUGGGUCAACUCACGAUGGGUCAGCGUGCCCGAUGCAGAGGGAGGAGGGCUAGCAGAGCGCGAGUUCCUGUUCCGUGAGGUCGGGCUCGAGCGCUGGCUCAACGGGCUCGAUCUCGAGGGCACAGACAAGAGCGUCGCUGCCAAGAUCGAGCGGAGAAAGCAGCGCCUGGAGAAGAAGCGCAGGAAGAGGAGGGAAGCGCGCGGCAGCAGCGACGAGGACGACGCCACGCCGUCACGAAACAGUGUCCUGCGCUACGGCGACGAAAAGGACGCGCCCGUCGAGGCCCUCUCGGGCAACGACGAUUUCUUCACGUCAGACUCGGAUUCCGACGACGAGCCGCCAGUGCCCGAAGCCGCCGGACAGAUCAAGGUCGCCCUGUUCCGCGUCUUGGCCUCUGGCGAGAUCAAGCGCGGCGAGUACUCUCCACAGUUCGACGCGCACGACGACGACGAUCCAAACGGCGGGGAUGGCGAAGACAUCGACCACACCACGAGUUUUGCAAAGCCCAAGACACUGGACCCCAAGUCGAUCAGCACCCAGACCGUCACGGGCAUCGAUCCUCCAGACAAGCCGUACGCUGUCUUUACCUUUUUGUACCGAGGAGAGCGCCAACUUCGAAAGAUGGGCAUCCUCGAGACCGACGACAAGCAGGCCGCGGUAGCCUUGCCGGUGAAGCGUCGAAAGUCGGGCCUGGACUUUGGCAGUCUCAAGCCGUUGGACGCAGCGUCGGGCACGAAGAACUUUGGCGGGUACCGUGACAUACAAUCGCCCAAGGCCAAGCAGAAGAGCGAAGACGCCAUGGACAGCGACGCGGACGACGAGGACGAGGCAAGGGGCGACGAUGGCGACGACGACAAGGACGUUGCGGACAAGGGCAUGCUCUCGCCUGAAGAUGUGGCCAAGCAAGGCGAGCUUGCGGAGGGCGUGCGGAAAAUCAAGCUGAAACGACAACACUCUGCCGAGCCACUUGGUCGGGGCGUGUCGGCAGGUGAAUCGUCAUCGGGGUCGCCGCUCUCUGGCACGCCUGCACCGGGCAGCUCGACGGCCGAGGCGUCUACGUCGGCCGCCACGACAGGCGACGCGGAGAGCAGCAUCGCCUCGCCGUUCAAGAAGCACCGAGCGUCGCUGCCGGGCUUCGACGAGAACGUGCGCAAGAGCCUGGGCCAGACGCUGCUGGGGGCGCAGAAAGAGCGGGGGAAUUCAGAGGGGACGAUUCCGACGACGACGGUCGAGUCGAAGAUGGAGGAGGAUGAUGAUGAGUUGUGA